AUGUGGCCUUUAAUAUUACGGUUUUUACGAACAAAUGCGCCAUAUAUUACAUUGCCUGUCGCGGCUGUAGUUGGAGUUAUAGGUUAUAAUAUAGAAGGACUAUUAUCUGAUAAAUACACACCAUAUUCAAAACCAGUUCAAGAUCAAAGACUAGAUAGAUUAGAGGAUGAACUAUUGAAAGAUCCAACAAAUGUACAAAAAUUAAAAUAUAAAGCUAAUGUAUUAGAUAAAAAUGUAUCGCCUUCUUUACAAAAAGAUUAG